AAAAAGGAGUCCAAAACAGAGCAGAGCGGCUUCUGACGGCUUUUCUGGGAAAUUCUGCAGAUUUAAACAAAUAAAGCUGAAAAAUAAAGAUGCAGCUUCACUUCACCAAAGAUGUUUUACCGGACUCAGUCAGCACAGACUUCCAGAACCUGAACAAAUUCAACGAGCAGCAGUUUCAGGGUCUGAUUGAAAUUCUGUUCCAGUUCCUCCUGGAGCCUAAAGAGACGGAGAGGUUCAUGCAGCAGCUCACUGAGUUUGCAGGGGAACAUGGGAUGAGCGCCGGCCCUCUGAGGAACCUGAUGAAGAGCGUCCUCCUGGUGCCGCAGGGAGCCCUGAAGAAAAACCUGACAGCCGAGCAGAUCAAAGAAGACCUCGUGACUUUAGGACUAAACGAGGACAAGACGGCUCAUUUUUCACAGCAGUGGGGGGAGCACUAUGCAGCACUGUCCAGACUCGCUGUUGGACAGACUCUGAUGGUCAACCAGCUGGUGGACAUGGAGUGGAAGUUUGGAGUGACAGUCGGCACCAGUGAGAUUCAGAAAGUGGGCAACAUCUUUCUGCAGUUGAAGCUGGUGGUCAGAAAGGGAAAUUCCACAGAAAACAUCUACAUGGAGUUGACGCUCCCUCAGUUUUACAACUUCCUGCACGAGAUGGAAAGAGCCAAGGCCAGCAUGGAGUGUUUCAGCUGAGGGUGUGUGUGUGUGUGUGUGUGUGUGUGUGUGUGUGUGUGUGUGUGUGUGUGUGUGUGUGUGUGUGUGUGUGUGUGUGUGUAGGGGUGUGUGUGUGUGUGUGUGUGUGUGUGUAGGUGUGUGUGUGUGUGUGUGUGUGUAGGUGUGUGUGUGUGUGUGUAGGUGUGUGUGUGCGCCCCCCCAUGACUGAAGCUAAACACAAAAACAUAUUCUGUAGUUUUCUGACAUUUCUACUCAAAUCUGCCAGUAAAGAUGCAGCAGAAGAAGAAAACACUUGCACAC